AGGUCGUGUGCGCGGUGAUCACUGAUCUCAAGUUUUUCACUUUUGGUUUUGGCCGUCGAGUGUGUCCUGGUCAACAUGUCGCGAAUCGGUCCAUCUUCAUCAAUACGGCUAUUAUUCUCUGGGCUUUCCGCCUUUCAGAGAAUCCUGCAGCGAAGAUUGACACGCUUGCAAUCUCGAAUACUGCAACCGUACAUGCUGCUGCGUUUGAGAUAUGUUUAGAGAAGAGGAUCGAUGAGAAUG